CCCAAGGUAGGGAAACGGGAGCAGGGUUUGUUUGCGUCGCUCCGGGCGCAGGCAGCGACACCGCCCCCUUGCCGGGGCGGGUGAGGCGGAACUCAGCGCGGCCUGUAGCGAGGAGGUGGCGAGCAUGGUGUAUGCGCCAGUGAGUUCUUCGAUGGCUGCUGAGUCCAAUGGGCUAGUGACAGCACCGGAGGGCACACCCACGCACGAGCAAUGCUCUGAAUCCAAGCAGCAGAUUCUUUCCUCCUCUGACACCGGUCAUCACAAAGCUUGAUCCAGUCCACCUCACAAUGCUUCUCUCUAUCUACAAGCUGACUCCGUCAACCAGAGCGGCAUUCUGCAUUCCUUUCCCAGUCAUCCACAGCGAUUCCAAAGGAUACGAAGUCCUCUUUGCAAGCAUCCCAAAAUCUGCGCAGUGGUCUGCCUCUCUUUCUAGACCCUUCGCGAGUUUCAGAGUACAGCACACUCUUCGGGAUCCUGUAGUCCAGCACUUGCUUGACCUGUCCAAGCCACCUAAGUCUUUUCUUACUAAUGAACGUUCCCGUGAAUGACGUACCAGCAUGAUUUAACACUUCCACGUUUGUCACGCUGUCUUGCCAUCUUAUUCAAAGAAUUUUACACAUGUAUCUGAUAUGAAGUGGGGAAUAUCGGCAUUCCUCUGUCCAACUCGCCUGAGGGGCCUAUCUGGUCAGAGAGAUUUGAUAGAUGGAUAAUAAAAUGGCGUUGGUUCCCUAUGACGACAGUGCGGUCUGGGGAUUGCAGAAGUUCCAUAAAUCUUCAUCUGUGUAUCACUUUGCCAGCCACACAAUCCAAAUCAAACAAAACUGGAAGCAACUGGGUGUAGCAGCAGUCGUAUGGGACGCGGCUGUCGUCCUGUGUACUUAUCUGGAGAUGGGAAGUAUUGAUCUACAAGGGCGCUCAGUGAUUGAACUAGGAGCAGGAACUGGAUUGCUGGGAAUAGUGGCCACGUUAUUGGGUGCUCAUGUCACCAUCACAGACAGGGAAGCCGCACUGGAAUUUCUCGAGUCAAACGUUCAGGCUAACUUACCUCCCGACCUCCAGCCACGAGCUGUGGUAAAGGAACUGACUUGGGGAAGAAACUUGGGGAACUUCUUGCCAGGAAAGUUUGACUUUAUCCUGGGCGCAGACAUCAUUUAUCUGGAAGACACCUUUGCAGAUCUGCUUCGGACACUGGAGCACUUGUGCUCAGAACAUACUGUUAUUCUGUUAUCGUGUCGGAUUCGCUAUGAACGGGAUCAGAAUUUCCUGGAGAUGCUGAAGGGACAGUUUUCGGUACGUGAGGUCCACUACGAUCCUAGUAAGGAUGUACGUGUAUUCAAAGCACGAAGGAGCAUUCACAAGGAAGACUUUUGACUGCAUUUCUUUUCUCUAAUAUCAAACACUACUUGAAGUUCUCUGGCACCACAUGUAUCAACGUUAGGAGACAACCAGAACUGAGGAUCAGGAACGGAAGCUCAGGAACUGGCCAUCGAACAUGGACUGACUUGACCAGCCAGCUUUAAACUAAAAGAACCUUCUUCUGUAUGGCUGUCUGCCCUGCUCAACCUCAGUCACUCCACUUACUCUCGGUUUCUCUCAGUCUGGUUUCCCUCUGUCUCUCUGGCUGCCCUCUCCUCACACCCUAUUUCUCUGCAUUUACUCCCAGACUCUGUGUUUCUUUCUCUCUCUCAGGCUGCCCCCUGCCUGCCUCCGUCCACUGCCUUCCUCUUCUCCUCCAACUGUCACUUCCCAUCCCUCUGAGACUAGGGGCCACCUCUUCUCCAUAGCAAACUGACAGUACAUUCACCCUGAACACACCCUAAAUCUCAUAUCCCCACACAAGGUCGAGUCCGUUGUUUACCAUUUGUUUUGUUUCCAGGAGGUCUUAUUUUUCCCUAACGGCAACUACUAUCAUCCUUUGUAUUGUGGUAGUUCCUAGAAACUCCAGUAGGGUGACCAGACAGCAAAUGUGAAAAAUCAGGACAGGGUGGGGGGUAAUAGAAGCCUAUAUAAGAAAAAUACCCAAAAAUCAGGUCUGUCCCUAUAAAAUCGUGGCAUCUGGUCACCCUAAACUCCAGUCAAGAGCUGGGCCCCAUUGUGCUACGCACUAUGUGGACACGCAGAAAGAAGCAGUCAGAGCUCCAAUGAGCUUACAGUCCAGCGCUGCCUUCUUGCAAAGACUCAUGCACAUGUGUAAUGUUAACCAAUGAAUGAACAAACAAGUUACCAAGUUAAAACAGAAUUUGAUUAGAAAAAGGAACGGGGCGUGGGGAAAAUAAACAGAAAAUAAAAUCAGGAAAAGAUUACAGGAAAAUGAAGAAGAGAGUAAAGGAGGAAAAAUAUGGGUGAGAAAGCAAAAGUAUUCAAAUAUCAAAGGGUAAGCACCAAUAUCUCCAAAUGUAUUUGUAAAGCAUAAAAAAUAUACAGUUUCUUAUUUGAAAUACUUUUGUCUAUUGUACGCUCAAUAUAUAAAGGCCCCAGUUCACAAAAGAAUUUUAAGCAUGUGCUUAAGUCCCAAUCAAGCCUGUGCUAAGCUGUUUUCCCUGGGUCCAUUUCCAUCAGCUGAACUGGGGCCAUAGUUCUUAUUUCUCGGCAUUGAAGAUUACUCAGAAGCGAUCUGUUAAGAAUGUUAAUUUUAAGCAACGAAGGAGGACGUGACCUGAAAUGCACUGUUCUGUGGAUCUGUUCUUAGGAAUAUUUUCUUGUAAUUCACAAGCCACAAGGUGUCACUAGAGCUGUAGACACAUCGCUCAAAGAAAACCAGCAUAAUGAAAACAAAUAUUAAUUCCGGUUAGGUGAUGGGAAAUCUGCAUCUUCAAUAAAAACACCACCCCUCUAAAUCAUAAGCCAUAAUUUAACAGCAAAUAAAGCUCAUUCUGUAAGUGAGCUUGUGGAUCAGCUGAACAGUGUUAAGAAAACUGUAGAACAUUCACGUUCUCUUCCCGGGUGCAUGGCUGGCCUCCAGAUUCUGGCUUUCAAUUACCUCCCUAUUAACCUAAUUUCCAGUGCUGUCCACCCUUAUUCCUCUCACACCCUUGAUCUGUUAUCACUGUACAUUUAGGGCUUGAUCCUGCAAAGAGCUUUGAACUAGGGCUGUCAAUUAAUCGCAGUUAACUCACGAUUAACUCAAAACAAUUAAUC